AUGUCUGAUACAAUAACUAAUAAAAUUCUUGAAUCUUAUGGGUAUUUUAAUUAAAUAUUCCAAGUUACAAAGGAGCUUAACCUUAAUUCAAAAGCAUUAUAUAUCCUAUUGAAUAACUAAAACACUCUAUUGAUGAUCAUCAAUUAAAAUAAAUAUCUCCUGAAUUAUAACAAAUUCUAGAAAGUGAAAGAGCUAGAGAAAUGGUUUAAAAGAGAGGAAUUACACUUGAAAGAACUAAAUAAUUCUUUUAAGAGAAAAUUAAGGAAUAUAAUGCUAUAAUUGAUCUUUAACAUUUAAGAUCUUAAUAAACAUAUGUUAUUCCAAAAAAAGAUAAUAUUUUCAAAAGACAUACAGCAGAUUAAGGAGAAAUCACUAAUUAUCAUUUUGUAUUAAAUUGGUAAAAUUUGAAUUUGGUUUUUGAUGAAUUAGAAAAUUAAACCAAAAGAGCAAAGUUUUAACAUUAAUCUAGAACUCCAGAUUAAUCUUCUAUGUAAAUAAGCAAACCUAUAACACCAAUGAAAUUUUCAAAUAAGAAAACUAAUUUAGUAAAUAGAUUAGAUUAAAAAUUUAAUGAUUAUGAUACAAAAAUGUCUUAAUCAAUAGUAACAAAUUUACCAGAAUCAAGAAGAAUUUCUAGGUCAGAAACCCCUCAUAAUAUAAGUAUUACUUAAUAAAACAAUUAAAUUAGUUAAUAGACGAAAUAGUCUAAAUCCAUAAGCAGUUAAGAAAUAUGUUAAGUUUCAAAACUUUUUGAGAACUGUGAAUGUUCUAAAAAAAAACCCAGAAGAAAAAAAAAUAGAAUCUGAAAAUAGAUAAGUUGAAAUUAUUAAGUAUAAUUUAGGAUUUAAUCAAAACAUAUAUUAAUGAUGCAUUUAAUAAAGAAAGAUAAUCUACAAACGCAUCUUAAAGGGAGAGAGCAAAAUCACAACAAGAAAAUAGAAAAAAAAAUAAGAUGAUGUUAGAAGAAUUAAACAAAAUUACUUAGACCUAAGGUUUUUAAAACCCAGAAUUUAACAUAAUGAAUAAUGAAAUACCAUUAUAUGAAGAUAUUUGUAAUAAUUUGGUAUAAUUAGAGUUUAAAACUAUUGAUCAAAAUUAGAUGAAAUAAGAGAAAGAAAGAAGGAAUAGAAUAAUUUAAUCAGUAAAUUCAAGAAUGCAACCAAAAUAUGUUCAUUUAGGUGGUAGUCGAUAUGCUGUAAAAAAUAACUUUUCAAAUUAAUAAAAUUAUUAAACAACAAUUAAUAAAUUAUUAGAAAAUUAAAUUAAAGAAGAGUUUAAGAAAUUAAAAAUAUUGGAUGAUGGAAUAGAUUUAGAUGUCUUAGAAGGUCCACCUAAAAAAAUUGAUUAUCAUUCAUCAAAUUUAAAUUAGGAUUACAAUGAUGUGAAAGUAACAAAAAUUGUUUAAAAAAUGAAAAGAUGA